UGACUGCUGUGUGUGUGUGUGUGUGUGUGUGUGAGGGGGAAAGAUGGCGCAGACGGUGAAUGUGGCGGAGCUGCCGCUGCAGCAGUUGGAGGCGCUGAGGAGCCAAUUAGAGCAGGAGACCGAAUUCCUCACGUCCUCGAUCCAGCAGCUGAAGAUGGUGCAGACCAAGUACGUGGAGUCCAAGGAGAGUCUGAUCAAGCUGAAUAAGGACAACGCAGGCAAGGAUGUGCUUGUUCCACUGACCAGUUCUAUGUACGUCCCAGGAAAGCUGAACGACGUGGAGCACGUGCUGAUUGACGUGGGGACAGGCUAUUACGUGGAGAAGACGGUGGAGGAGGCCAGGGAGUUUUUCAAACGGAAAGUGGACUUUGUGACCAAACAGAUUGAGAAGAUCCAGCCGGCUCUGCAGGAGAAAUUCACCAUGAAACAAGCUGUGACGGAAAUGGUUCACCAGAAGAUUCAGCAGAUAGCAGCACAGAACGCCUCUCAGUCCGGCAUCACCAAAGCGUAGUGACUGUGUGUGGCGGGCGGGCGGGCGGGCGGUUUGUUGCCAUGUGAACCGGGUUUCUUUUUAUUUAUGCCGAAUGUGCAACUGUUUCAUUUAUUGCCUUUGGGGCUUUUUUUUUUUAACUUGCCCAGCGGAGAUUGAUUAUUAAUAAAGACGUCAUUGCACACAG